AUGAAGACAAAAAUUGCAAGACUCGCCUGGCAAGAACUGCAAAACUUAAACAAUUACUUAAACAAUGAGAUUAAAACUCAGACUUAUUGCGACUUUUUCCAAAAGCUCCACGCGAAUUGCUUGCAAGACGGCACGGGGCCCGAGGCUUGGCGUAACAUCGAGAAUAUGAAGGCGCAGACGGUCGUUCUGGUGCUCGAUCAUGACAUGAGUGCUGAUUGCGCCCUUGCCAUGUUGGCCGCUGUACACUGGGCAACUGACAUCAGCCAUCUUAUACAUGUCCGUGUUCUCACUGUUUCCUUUUCCCUCGCACCAAUUGCAUUCAGAAGGCUCCUCGACCUUUACGCCCACGAUGAAGGUUUCCUAUUCGAAGUCAACGAAUCCGCUGACAUAUUAAAAGCACGACUGGGGCGUGCUGAACGUGUUGGUUCAACCUACUUCAACAACAAUUUACUCAGGUCUCUGGCGGAUCCCCUGACAAGUCGGGUUGACAAGCAAAUCAUUAUCUGCCCUUCCUCGUCAGACUACGACCAGGAACCUCUGAGACUGCAUUUUUCUUCUGAGCGAAGGACGAUAAAUGAAGCACUAGAAGACCGACUGGCUAUCCUGGAGACCCUGCCAGUAGGAGAGAGGAUCGAAAGCAAGCCUCAAGAACGCGAAGUCAAACUGGACCAUAUUGUUGCAGAUGAUAACGCCAGUGUCAUUCUACGAUACAGCCCCGGCUACAGACCGCCCCUCCCGUUUUAUGGAUUCCUCCAGGUUCACAUGCAUCUAGCCAGUCACCUGGAACAGACCAUAUUCGAUUCGUUUACCCUCCAAGUGGCACAAAUAAGGUUGGCUGUUUCGAAAAAGGGGCGACUUGAACAGUUAUCAUUGGCUUUCCGAACCCCUCGAAUUCCAGGAAGGGUCAGACUUUACUUCGAGGAACAAAACCUCGAUGACUUUCUAAAUAAUGGACCACCAGAAAAGCUCAAAGUCUGCAACCAGCAUGCAGGAGGCUUCAUCACCGCGCUUGUUUGUCUGCUGAACUGGGGAAUACAAUUCGACAGGGUGGUUUCUUGUUUCUUUGCGUCCGAUUUGGAGAGGGCACGUUUUGUUAACACCUCGCUUAUUCUGACUCUUUUGCCAAUCGUUGACUUCGACUACCGAUUGGCUGCGUUUAUUGCCCUGCACACCAACAGCACCAUUGUGUUAAAGGCCAAGCUUCAAUUAGCCGCCAUACUUAUUACUGGAAUCGAUCAGCUCUUUACAUUCCCUUCUCACGACGAAACUGCCAAAGCACACUUUUCCCAAUAUCUCGUGCAGGCAUGUCGAGGAUGGACUACUGCACUUGCCCACCAUGGUAGCAUGUGGAUGGCAGUCGGGCUAUGGAAACACAGUACUCUAAGUGAUGUUAGGGUCAAUAACGAGAGCAACCUACGCGGGGUUAAGAUUCCUGGCACUGAGACUACCGUCAACUUCCCGGCUUCUCUUCACGUCCAGAAGACUCUCACCUCGCUUACUAACGCCCUCAUCACGCAUUAUAUAGCUGUCCUUCCAGAUCACCUACCUGAAUCCCCAAUGAGCAAAGAGUACUGCGAAACGAUCCAGGAGCAUCUUGCCUAUGCCUAUUGUAACCAAACUACUAUAGUCACCAUAGGCGCGCAUGGCCUUUUACAACAUCAAUUGAAACUUGGCCCCGCAGAUGCGACUUUUGUCUCUGUGCCCCCGCGACUGAUUGAUAGCACUCAUUUCGAUCGACUCUUCAGAGAGGACAAUGAUUUACCACAUGAUUCUCCAGUGUGGUACGAUUCAAAGAUCUGUGGUAUUUACCACGGACUGCGGAGGGAGUUUGGUUUGAGGGAGAUUCAUCUUGACGACUGGACCUAUAUCCCGUCUAAAUUCAUUCCAGGACUGGAAUGCGCUACCUUUCAAUCGUCCCUGAAUACUGAAGAGUUGGAGGUAUGA